GGACUGUUGGUUCGCACGUUUUUGGGGGACAUACAGUACGAAACAUAAACAAAGAAAAGACAGCAUCCUUUCAAUCGAUAUGGUGAGCUAGUGUGGUUAUGAUGGUGGUUAAAAGAUGUCUUUAGAAACCCUCUUAUUUGUGCCAAGUUCUUAAUUUAUGUAGAGGAUACUAUAUUAAUUACAUUAAUUUGGCAAUAAACUGAAGUUUGAAUGAAGUAGAGUUUAAGGGAAAUAAUAAUGGAGUCAGUUAUAGACACUAUUGCGGGAAGUAUGGAGUCGCAUUUAGUACCGAGGUCAAUAUCACCCGCAUCGCUACUGGACGUAGACUUGGACGGGGAUUCAAUUUCCGAAGAUUUCUACUCUGAGCAUAGCCUGAGGAACUCUUUAAUCAACGAUGAAACGGAUGCUUCAAGUUUAGCACAUGCAAACAACCGAGUACAGAGGGAGCGUUCAAAUUCAUGUGGAUCACAAACUGAUGUUUCCUCGCUUUCCAUGGAAGACCUUUAUGUACCCAUAGUAGGAUAUGAAGUCAUGGAGCAACGGGCAAGAUUCACAGUUUUCAAAAUACAUGUACGGAAAUCCCCAACAGAAAAUUGGUUUGUGUUUCGACGUUACACAGACUUUGUGAGAUUGAAUAAUAAGCUGAAGAGGUUGUUCCCAAGUUUCCGGUUGGCGUUGCCGCCCAAGAGAUGGUUCGGUGACAAUUAUGAUCCUAAUUUUCUUGAAGAUAGGCAACUAGGCUUGCAAGCUUUCAUUAACAACAUUACAAGUCAUGUUGGUUUUUGUUACAGCAAAUUUACAAGAGAGUUUUUCUGUUUGGAUGACCAACCUGGUGCACACGAUAGCCUUGAGGAAAGCAGGGCCCUCUGUGAUUCUCUUGAAGAAACCAUCUAUAACCUGCGACAUGAUUUAGCUGAGAAGGAAGCGGAGGUUUUACAGCUUAAAAAGCAACUUCGCGAAAGCCAGACUAAGGUCGAUAACCUCUCAACACAAUUAUUGAAUGGUGGUAUGCAUCCAGAAGCAUCUCGCUCUUCUUCCCAGAUCAGUGAGGAGAGCUUGGUAGAGGGCGAUUGUCGCUCAUGUGUCGAGGCGGAUCAGAGUUCAUUGGGUCAAGGAUCAAUUGAUCAUACAUCAUCAGAGCAAAGUUCACCAGAUCAUCCUUCAUUGACUAUGAAUGAACCUGUUGAAUGUGCUCGAGAAAUUGACUCACAAAAUUUACCUGAGCCAAAUUCUGACCCAACCUCUGAUCCAACCUCUGACCCCAAAACGACACAUGUUGAUGAUGAAAAAAGUGAGAAUCCUGUAGGACCUACUUGCACUGACCAAAGUGGGCCACCAUCACCUGCUGUUGAAAGCGAGGGAAGCUGGGAUACAGUUCCAGAGUACAACAACAAAGGAUGCCAAACGAAACCAAAUGAAAUUCCAGUUUACAGAUCACAUAUAUCAUCUGUACAUAAACAAUUUGGAAAUGGAAUAACGUCUAUAGAGCACAAUAAACAGCCUGACGAAUGCUCAGUUCCAAGCAAAGCUAUGAUUGUCACAUGAUGGUAGUGAGCAUGAUCUGAGCAUGUGAUGGUUACCAUGGUGAAGUGAAUAAGGAAGUGUUUAUUUAAGCAUGUCUAUAGUCUGAUGCAAUGUGCUGCCAACUGUGAACUUCAUCAAGGACAAACACACUGUACUUUGAAGCAGAUGCAAUGAAAAAAAAAAUGAGAGCAGAAAGUAGAUAGAUAGAUUAACUAUGAAGACAUUCCAGUUCUAAUAAUAAAUUUAAUAAAAACAGAACUUAAUCACAUAUUACAAUCGAUGUACCGUUUAAACGUUGGCAUUUUUUGGUACGUACAUGCUAAUUAGCCACAUUAGAGUCGUUCUGGAUGAUUCAAUAAUGACUUUUUACUGGUACUUAUAAGCACUUAAGUGUCAGGCUUUCUAGUGUGUAAUGUUGUUUUUAAGGUUUAUUCACCAUUGAUUUGUUUACUGUUAACAUCAAAAUGACCUGGGGCAGAUCCAAUGGGGGCAUAUUCCCUCCCUCUGUUUUACCAACUACAUUAAAAAAAUAUUCAAUGCAUAAAAAUACCUUGUAUUGAAAUAAGCAAAAAAUAGAAUCUGGCCCCCUUCGUUGUGCCACUGCUAGUUGCGCUCCCCACUUACCUGGUAUUAAUUUUGGGUUCUCCCUGUGUGAACAAAAUCUGGAUCUGCCCCGAUACUUACCCUGCUACUUUCAUUUUAUUGACAUGUCACAAUUUCAAAUAGAAAUAACUGCCAUUGGAAUUUGAAUAAUUGCUGUUAGGAUGAAUGAUACUUGCACCAUUAUUAAUCAACUCAGUGAUACAUAUUUGAAAAUUGUUAUAUUACUAUUGUUCAUCAAAAACUAUAAGAUAUAAAACUAAACUUGAGAUAUUAUUGAAUUCAGAGUUCCUGUUCUAAAUUGAUAUUAACCUUAUGCAUUUUUAAUGUAGCUUCCAAAUGAUUAUGCAUGAAAGCAGAAGGUUGCAACAAAUAUUUUACAACUCAGUAUAUAUAUUGAAAAACACUGUGAAACUCUAGAUAGAAAGAAGUUGAUUAAAACGAAAAGGUAUAUAACUAUGUGACAUUGUAAAAAACCAACAUGAUUGCAUAAUAAUGUUUGAAAUACCGUAUUUACUCAAAUUAACGCCCGGGGAAGCGUUUAUUUUAUUUUUUGAUGUAAAAUGGAUACACGUAUACUCAAAUAAAUGCCCCUUAAUUUCACAGUAAAACUAGAAAUACAACACAUCAAAAAACACUGUAGAACUCUAGAUAGAAAAAAGUUGAUUAAAACAUAAAGGUAUAUAACUAUGUAACAUUGUAAAAACAAACAUGACUACAUAAUAAUGUUUGAAAUACCGUAAUUAUUCAAAUUAAUGCCCCGGGGUGUUUAUUGUUGAGAGGGAUUUUUGAGGGGGCAUUUAUUCACGGGAGGCGUUUAUUUUAUUUGAUGUAAAAUGGAUACACAUUAUACUCAAAUAAAUGCCCCUUAAUUUUACAGUAAAACUGGAAAUACAACACAUCAAAAAACACUGUAGAACUCUAGAUAGAAAAAAGUUGAUUAAAACAUAAAAGGUAUAUAACUAUGUGACAUUGUAAAAACAAACAUGACUACAUAGUAAUGUUUGAAAUACCAUAAUUAUUCAAAUUAACGCCCCGGGGUGUUUAUUGUUGAGAGGGAUUUUUGAGGGGGCAUUUACUCGAGGGAGGUGUUUAUUUUAUUUGAUGUAAAAUGGAUACACAUUAUACUCAAAUAAAUGCCCCUUAAUUUCACUGUAAAACUUGAACUACAACACAUAAUUACGGUUAAAAUGUGUUACUGCCUCUGAUCAUAAACACUUAUUCAUCCCAACCAGGUUUAAAAGAUAUGUAAAUCUACUGGAGUAGAAAAUUAAUAGAAUGUGUUGAGAAUGUUGUUGCUUCCAUUAGAUGUGUUUACAGAAAUUCAGGGGGGCAUUAUAUAAUAAACACCUUGUGGAUUUUAUUCGAAGGAUGUGUUUAUUCCAAAUGAGGCUCUAGAGGGGAGUUUAUUCAAGGGGGGGGGGGCGUUUAUUCAAAGUGGGGUGUUUAUUCGUAUAAACACGAUACAUAAAUUUCCAUUCUCCUGUCAAGUUUAUUAUAAUUAAGACUAAUGCCAUACCUUGCCUUCUCUGAUGACACUUAAAUGAGGCAUGUUGUGGCGAAAUGGUAAAGUUGUCGCACAGUCC